ACUCUGCCUCACAGAGCGCUAGAGCCUGGAAGCGGAGUUUCUAGAAGCUCCAGAAAUCGCUGCCGAAGAAUUGGGUAUUUAUCUAGGAAGCAUUUUACAGCCGCUUCUCCGCGUCCGGCUUUUCCCCUCCCCUCCCGCUCCCAGCAGAAGAAGCGCCCACAGGGCAGGGACCUCCUGGGUCAGCCUCCUGACAUGAACCUGAACCCCGGGGCUUAAACAGUCUGAGCCCGAUUUAAAGUAGCCGGUGCGCCUGCGCGCCCUCCGCCAGACUACAUUUCCCAGAAGGGGGGAGAGAACGCUCGGAUUCCGACGGAUGCCGGCGAGGGCCACGCCGCCUCUGAGCAGGCGCAGUGGGAGGUGACUCUUUCCAUCCUUUUCCAUUUAGGCGGAGGUUGGGGAAAGUUGCCAGGCUGGCAACUGUGUGCGGGUCCGGGAGCGGGAGCGGUCUGGCCUGGGGCAGCGCAGGCGAAGAAUCGGCUCCCGGAGCUGGAGGAGGAAGAAACGGAUCCCAGGGAUCCAGGCUCCUAAUUCUGCCCCCGGGGCUACCUUCUUCAUGCCCCGAGCUCGUCCGUGGAGCCCCACUUUUUUACUCAAGUGCGUCCCUGAGGACCAGCCGCAGACAGCAUUGAUUAAGCGCCUGCUGUGUGCCAGCAAGGAAAUGCAAACACCCCGACCCUAAGCAUUAAUUAAGCGCCUGUUGUGUGCCAGCAAGGAAAUGUAAAUAACCCAGUAGUGAGCAUUAAUUAAGCGCCUGUGAAAAAGCACAAAGAGGCCCCGCCCUCGGAGUCUCGGCGUAGGGGGCAGAGCCGGGACACCUUCCUGAGGGAGACAAGACUUGGGAAAGGUCAAAAUCUCAAGCAAACAGUGGAGAAGGAAUGAUUUUGGAAGGCCAUGACCUUCAAGAGGAAGAAAUUACUGACAUUCCAAGAUGUGGCUGUGGAAUUCACGCAGGAGGAAUGGAGCUAUUUGGAUCCUGGCCAGAAGGACAUGUACAGGGACGUGAUGCUGGAGAACUACCAGAACUUUGUCUCUCUUGGGUUUCCAGUAACUAAACCAGCUGUGAUUUCUCAGCUGGAGAGACAUGAAGCCCCGUGGCUAUCAAGGGAAGAAGACCCCAGAUGCAUUUCUGAGGAUUCCCCUGUUGAGAAAACAGAGUAUGAAACUAAGGACUCAACUUUAACUCCAAAGCAAUGUAUUUCUACAAGAGAGCCCUCCACAAAGAGACUCAAAAAGUAUGAUUUCUGGUAUUCUAAAUUGGGAGAAACUUGGAAUUAUGAGACUGGAUUAGAAAGGCAGACAAACACUCUGGAAAGACAGUCCAUGAAGCUAGCAGUUAAGCAUAGAAAAACUGCUCACAAGUUCAGUGUUCCAUAUAUUUUUCAGUUUGGAAGAAAAGUGAGUUUCCGUGCAAUCCUCCCUCCCAAACAGAGAGUUUAUACAGGAAAAUAUUUUCAUACACAUUUUAGAAUUGGAAAGCACUUCAAAUGGUUUUCUGACUUAAUUAAACAUAAGAGAAUUUCCAUGGUGAAGAAACACUGUAAGUUUAAUAUAUACAAGAAUUUUUUCAGUAACCACUCAAAACGUUAUUAUCAUAGAGAGCAUUCUCAAGGAGAACCCCAUAGAAUCAGAACCUUCCAAAUCAAUUCCUGCCUUACUGAACAUAGAGGAAUUCAUACUGAAGAGAAAUCUCACAAAUUUGGUAACACUUCCAGCUACAAUUCAUACAUUACUAAUCAUCUGAAAAAUCUUCAGGAAGACAAACCUUUUAAACAGUAUAAAAAAUACAGCAAAACUUUUAGCCAGAGUGUAUACCUUUAUCAACAUAAGAGAACUUCUAUUGUAGUGAAACCCUAUAAAUGUAACGAAUGUGGAAAAGCCUUCAGGAAGAGGGGAGGCCUUGAUUCACAUAAGAGAAUUCAUACUGGAGAGAAACCCUAUGAAUGUACUGAAUGUGGAAAAGCCUUCAGGCAGAAGGGAACCCUUAAUUCACAUAAAAGAAUUCAUACUGGAGAGAAACCUUAUAAAUGUAAUGAAUGUGGAAAAGCCUUCAGCUGUAAGAAAGGCCUUGAUGUACAUGACAGGAUUCAUACCGGUAAAAAACCAUAUAAAUGUAAUGAAUGUGGAAAAGCCUUCACUCGUAAGGGAGUCCUUAAUAAACAUCAGAGAAUUCAUACUGGAGAGAAACCCUAUAAAUGUGUUGAAUGUGGAAAAGCCUUCAGGCAGAAUGGAGCCCUUAAUUCACAUAAGAGAAUUCAUACUGGAGAGAAACCCUACAAAUGUAAUGAAUGUGGAAAAGCCUUCACACAGCAGGGAAGCCUUACUUCACAUAAGAGAAUUCAUACUGGAGAGAAACCCUAUAAAUGUAAGGAAUGUGGAAAAGCCUUCAGCUGUAAGAAAGGCUUUGAUAUACAUGAGGGAAUUCAUACUGGUAAGAAACCCUAUAAAUGUAAUGAAUGUGGAAAAGCUUUCAGUCAUAAGGGAGGCCUUAAUAAUCAUGAGAGAAUUCAUACUGGAGAGAAACCAUAUAAAUGUAUUGAAUGUGGAAAAGCCUUCAGCUGUAAGACGGGUCUUGCUGUACAUGAGAGAAUUCAUACUGGGGAGAAACCCUAUGAAUGUAAUGAAUGUGAAAAAGCCUUCAGGGAUAAAGGACACCUUAAUAGACAUAAGAUAAUUCAUAGUGGAUUGAAACCCUAUACAUGUAAUGAAUGUGGAAAAGCCUUUAGUUGUAACGAAGGCAUCAAUAGACAUAAGAUAAUCCAUACUGAGGAGAAACCCUAUAAAUGUAUUGAAUGCGGAAAAGCUUUCAACAGUCAUGCAGGCCUUGCUAUACAUAAGCGAAUUCAUACUGGGGAGAAACCCAAUAAGUGUAAAGAAUGUGGAAAAGCCUUCACACAUAAGGGAAAUCUUAAGAAACACGAGAGAAUUCAUACUGGUGAGAAACCCUAUAAAUGUAAUGAAUGUGGAAAAGCCUUCAGUGUUAAAGGACUUCUUAAUAGACAUAACACAAUUCACACUGGAGUAAAACCCUAUAAAUGUAGUGAAUGUGGAAAAGUCUUCAGCCUUAAGGAACACCUUAAUAGACAUAAGAAAAUUCAUACUGGCAUGAAACCUUAUAAAUGUAAUGAAUGUGGAAAAGCUUUUAGCUAUAAUGAAGGCCUUUAUCGACAUAAAAAAAUUCAUACUGGUGUGAAACCCUACAAAUGUAAUGAAUGUGGAAAAGCUUUCGGCCGUAAGGGAUACCUUAAUAUACAUAAGAGAAUUCACAUUGCAGAGAAAUCUUUUGAAUGUACUGAUGUUGAAUAACCUGUACUUGAAGUCUAAACCUCACAUAAUAAAAAAAUGAGAACCUUUUUGAAUGUAAUAAAUAUGGGAAAAUUUCCUUGUAUACCUCAAACCUUAAGAAAUAACACAUAAUUCAUACUGGAGAGCAAUCAUCUACAUUUAAGAAGUGAGAAAGUUUUCAACCAGCAGGAACACUUAAUAGAUUUAGUAGAACUCACACUCAACAUGAAGUUUUAAAAUGCUGUUUAUUUUACAUGAAAUUAGCUUCUUGGGUUCAAGAUAAUAUAACACCUGACUAAGCAAUUUGGUUUAGGGGAAUAAAAGCUUUCUUUUAAUAGCCAGGGGAGAUGGAGGAGUUGGGACAGAAUCUAGGGAGGAUUGGAUUGAGAUGUUGAAAGUCUCUGGCCUAAGAUUAAAGAUGUUAACUAGACAAUCUCAGGAGUUGGACACUAUAUAGAUGACAAAGCCAAGUGAACUCCAACUUCACAUCAUUCUAUGUAAACAAGGCAGGAUGGGGUUUUUCAUUAUCCUGAUAAUGGGAACAAAUGAACUCAGUUAAAGUCCACAUCAUAAAUACUACCCAUUAUUAUCUCAGUCUCUGUCUUUUAUGUUUUCUCUUCCCCCUCCCACUCUCCCACAUAUUUUUUAUUACCUGAGUUUUUUAUUCCCCUCUUCCAUUAUCACUUCCUCUUUUUUUGGGUUUAUCCUGUACUUAUUUCUCUUGAAUUUUCAUAUCAUCCCUGGUAGAUUGUGAACUCAUUGAGGACAGGACCUGUUUUACUUUCAGAUCCAUAUUGUCAACACCAGGCAUAAUUCCUGCCACAUAGAAUUUAAUAAAGGUAUAUUGAUUUUUUGAUUUUUUCCCCCUGACUCCAUGCUGUAUUUCCAGACCUCAGAAUGCUGCUUCUGAAUCUCUACCUUGCUAAUGCAUCUCCUAUUAGACUUGGCCAUCUCAGUGAGAUCUGAUGAUACAAGAUCACAAAACAUCAUUGUUAGAGAAGGGACUACAGCAUGUAUCCCCUUUAUCACAUAACUAGCAAAUGAUCACCAGUCUUAAAGAUUUCCAUCUCUUGAUGACAUCAUUUGGAAUUUUCUUAGCAAAAGUAUUAGUCCUGUCCUCCUCCAUCUUCUUUUAUAGAUGAGAAAACUGAGGCAAGCAGGCUUAAGUGACUUGCCUAGGGUCACACAGCUAGUAGGUGUCUGAGGCUAGAUUUGAACUCGGGAAGAUUAUUUCAAGCCCAGUGCUCUACCCACUUCGCAACCUAGCAGGCCCAAAGAUCUUUUGUGGAAAGAGCAAUCUGAGCAGGGUUAUAUUUAUAGAGAGCUUAAAUUUUAUGAGAAUUUCUUCCUUACAUGAAGUAAAUGAAAUCUUUUUAUAACCACCACCUCAUUCUGGGGAUCCUGGUUCCUCCCAGUUCUCCCUUCUUGAAAUUGUAGUGUGCUUUCUAGAGCCCCAUUCUGGAGUGCCAAAAUGUACAAUCCGGACUAGCUCUCUGGAGGAUCUUGGACUAGCCAGAGCCCUUGGUCUUAGAGGAGGAGUGAUGAGGCAGGGACCCACAUUGAUGGUCAGAUAUGGAGUCCUUUUAUUUCAAGUUCUCUCAUUCUUAAAUACCUUAGUACAAUUACAUCACCACAGCACACUGAGCAUGUGCUAACUAUAAGCACCCUGCUAUUAAUAUGUAAAUGUCUCUUUUUUGCAAAUAGUCUCUGCUUCAAGUAGAACACAGGAAGGCUGAGAUGCCCCCAAGGGGAGAUGGGACCUGAACCAGACAUUGUCAGCAGGUUUGCUCUGGGGUGAAGGGUCUUAUAUCUCACCCAGAGUUCCCCCACUGUCUGUGGCCCACUACAUUGAAUAAGCAGAGGAAAGAUGAAUUCCUCCUUUACCUGAUAGACCUUCAAAUAUCAUCAUAGUUUCUUCUGAUCCAAGAUUUUCUUUAGGUCAGACACCUGGAUUCCUUCAAUCGGUUCUUGCUAUGUUGGUGGCCCUGCUUAGCUACUCUUAAGAUCAGGUAGAAAUUCCUCUGCUUGGCAGGCAAAACCCUUAGGUAAACAACCUGGAAAGACAUACCCAGUAAGUAAUAGUCAAUCAUUAGAAAAACAAUUUCAGCAUUCCAAAAUUUAUUACAUUUGGCAGAAAACUCAGGUUCACUUCAAUCCUUCCACAUCUAUGGUAAAAUAUUUUCAUAAACAUGACAAGAGUUGGAAAGUACUUCAAAUGGUUUACAGACCUAAUUAAACAUGACAGAAUUUCCAUGGUGAAGGAAUUGUAAAUUUAAUAAAUACAAGAAGUCUUUCAGUUACCAGUCAAAAUUUAUUCAUUACAUUAGACUGCCUUCUCAAGGGCAACCCCUUGGAAGUUGUGAAUGUGGGAAAACCUUCUACAUCAAUUAAUGCCUUACUGUACAUGAAAGAAUUUAUGCUGAAAAGAAAUCUCAUAGAUUUAGAGAAUAUGGCAAAACUUGCAGCUACAAUUCAUACCUUAGUGUACAUCAGAAAAAAUGGUCAGGAAGAAAAAUCUUUUAGACAAUAUAAUAAAUAUAGGAAAACUUUUAGCCACAGGAGGUAUCUUAGUCAACAUAGGGAACCCUGAAUAGACAUAAGAAAAUUCAUACUGGAGCAAAACUCCAUAAAGUUAAUGAAUAUAGAGAAGUCUUUAGCAAGAAGGAAGGCCUUAAUUCACAAAAGAGAAUUUAUACUGGAGAGAACCCCUUUAAAUGUAAUGAACAUGGGAGAACCUUCAAACAGAAGGCAACCCUUAAUUCACAUAAGAAAAUUCAUAAUGGAAUGAAACCCUAUAAAGGUAAUGAAUGUGGAAAAGCCUUCAACCAGUAGAGAAACGUUAAUUUACAUGUACUUACAUAUAUAAUAACUCUUACAUAAGAGUAUUCAUACUGGAGAUCAAAGAAUAUGGAGAUUUUAAGUAGCAAGAAACUUUUAAAAACAAACAUAUUUGUACUUGAGAGAAAUCUUUUGAAUGUACUGAUAUUGGACCAGCCUAUAAUCCAAGCUUCACAUAAUUAAAAAAAGAAAACCCCUUUGAAUGUAACGAAUGGGAGAAAACUUUCUUGUACAGCUCAAAUCUUAGGAAACAUCAGAUAAUUCAUACUGGAGAAAAGAUAUCUUUUAAAUGUAAAGAAUAAGAAAGCUUUCAACCAGCAGGAACAACUUAAUUGAUCUAGUAGAGCAUACUGGAGAUGAACUUUUUUCAUUGUACUGAAUGUGGGAAAAUUUUCAAGUGGAUUGAAAAUCUUAAGGCAUGUAAGACAAAUCAUACCAGAGAGAAACCCUUAGAAUGUAAAUAAUGUCGAAAAACUUUCAGGAAAAAAAACAAUUUGUUACACAUCAUAGAUUUUAUUCUGAAAUGUGAGUAAUGAAUAU